UCUACUAUUGACAUUUGACGAUUACGAAUUACGACAUUGGCAUUUCAAAACAACCUCGAAAAUAUUAAUAUUUCUUGAAGUUGGUUUGAUUAGAUUUUGUGAAACUAAUUAAAAAUGGGCAACUGGAAACUAGAGGUCGGCAGAAUGGCCAUGUACACAUCUUUUCCUGUAGGUCUCUUUUUCUUCUUCAACCAGCCGACCUAUUUCGAGGAAUGGGUUACAAACACGAAGCGACAAAUCUUUCCACCGGAGAACAUGAAAGACAGGGAAGCUAUACAGCAACUCAUUAAAGAUAUGAGAAAGAAACAAAUGGAAGCAUUGGAUAAGGAAUAAUAUAAUUGAAAACGGACAGCAAACUUAGUACUAAGGUUGUAAAUAUAUGGCGCAAGACUUGCAGUGUGUAGUGAUUUUAUAUUUGUGUUUGUUCAAAUAGUCUUCAACUUCAACAUACUAUUUAUAGUACAAUUACUCUAAUGUUAUCUCUGAUAACUUCAAGUGACCAUUGAGUUACUUUUAGAUAAAAGGGUAUAAAAUUGAUAAAAGUAUGUGAGAACAAAUAC